AAUCCAAAAGCCCACAACACGGCCCGACGCAAACCCACGUCGUUCAUGUGAGCGAUUUCCGAUUCAUCUCGUUUUUCGACGGCCACAGGCUUCACAGAUUCUCUCCAGGAUGGAAUUCUGCAAUUCCUUCAUCUUCUUCACUCUGUUAAUCAUCCUCCCUCUCGCUAGGUGCGAGGAUACUGGCUCGGUGCUCUUCGUUGAUAGCUCGUCACAUCAAUAUCUUCGAUCUCAUUCGCCCGAUGAUGGCUUCGAGUUUAGUUCAAUGUCACUGCCAGAAGUUGGUGCUGCUGUGUCAGUCCUGCUUGGUUUUGCGCCACCUUCAACACUUUCAGCUUCGGGUUCAUCUAAGCUGAAUGGGAUUUUGAUGCCAAAUCCGCUUGAUAGGCCUCGUUCAGUUUUUAUGCUUGAAAUUAAAGGAGAAUAUGACCCUGAAAUUUUAAGCCUAGAAAGUGGCAUGUCCAGCAAUGUCCUUACAAGCAAGGUUAAUGUAGGUUCUGAGAGUGCUGACAUCCAACUUCCUGGUGAGGAUGAAGUGUCUGUUGUUCCUUUGAAUGAACCGUUGUCAGAUUAUACUGAUAAAGAUGUUAGCGAAUUUGCAUCUUUCAUUGGUGGAUCAUAUGUUGCUGAUGCAUCACAAACUUUAAAUGGAGAGUUUACUGUGCGCUUGACUGAUGAUUCUAUGAUCAAUUUUCAUCUGUCUAAGACAGGGGACAGAGAAUUCAUAGGUAGUCUUUUGUGUCUCUUUCACAAUAUUAAGAGAGCUAUUCACAUUCACGAGGAUUUGUCACAAAAUGUGCAAAGUCCAUCUGAGCUCAUCACUGGCUCUUUCAAUAGCAUCAAGGCAUUCCAAGAUGAAAGUGAUUCUGAAGGAGAUGCAGAUAAUAGAUCUAGACUAUUUAUCGUUGCUUUGUCCAAGAUAUUCCACUUACUCCAAAAAGCAUAUGAUGGUGAAAUUGUUGGAGUUGUUUUCUUUUCUGGUUCAUCAUCAACAAAGGCAGAAAAAGGAUUAAAUGUGAUGUUUAACCAUCUGUUGACUCCACGUUGGCUGGUGGAAGACGUCAAAGUUAACACAACUAUUCACGAAGUGAUAUUGGUUAGGACAACCCUUGCCUGGAUCACAGGAAUCAUCCUUUUGAUUGCUACUCUUAUGGGGUCGUGCUGCCUUCUAAGGAUGCCUCUCACGAGGGACACCCUCCUCUAUUCUAAUGUGAAACUGGACUAAGAUCAAAUAAACCGCCAACUGCAUAGACGAUGCCCGAGAUGAUCUAUUUCUGCCAUUGAAGCAUUGAGGGCAUGAGAUUUGUGUUAGUGCCCUUUCAACAAAGUUCUUGUCUACAUUUUGGUGUAGAAAACUUUGGUAUUAUUAAUGGUAGCAAUGGUAUGAUGUACUUCCUACGAGAUAAUGAUGGCCAUAUAUUGGAUCGACGACAAGAUUUCGGUUGUAUAAUAAAGUUAUUUUUGAAAUGAGAUUCGUUUAUGUAUAUUAUCAUCAAAUGUCGCAUCUCACCGAGGUUGAAACGCUUCUUAUUGGCAACUUGGAAGACUGAGAGGUGGCAAUGCAUUGAUUCAUCUUUGUUGUACUUUAUUUUGGUGAACAUUGAGUUUUCCCAAGGUCUAAAAUAAAUUCCAUUAUUAGAA